AUGAGACUGGCCAACUAUCUUCCGGGGCCCUCGGUGCUCCUUGCUGCUAUUGCAUUCGUUACCCCUGCAAUCGGCCAGAAGGACACACCAUCGAGCAAAGACGACAGCGCCUCGGCCACGCCGUCACCCAAGGACACUGGAAAGUCUACGCCGUCCCCAUCUCCUAGCAGUAAAGAGGAACCGUCAAGCGAGACUCCAUCGCCUUCGUCAUCGGGCAAGGCCUCCAUCUCCAACACCGGUACUCCUGUCACCACCGACCCUACUGGCAAGGCAGUCAUCACUGGUGGCCCGUCCGCCACGACCGGUGGUGAACUGACGGGGUUUCCCACCUUGACCGGUCCUGGAGUGAUUCCGUCAUACCCACCCCCGAGUGUGCCACCGACGAACAAUGCGCCCUUUAUGCAGCAGUCCAGCCUUCCUGAUGGGACCGUCUUCAUUGCCGUCGGAGCCAUCCUCGGCGCUCUGGGAUUGGCGCUUCUUCUAUGGCGCAGUAUAGUCAGCCUCAUGCUUCACAGAUCCGUUGCGCGCGCAGCUAUGGCCCAGCAUAACGGCGACACCAAGACGGGCUUCCCUGCGCCUCCUGCUCCGUUCUACAAGUAUUCUGACCAUGCCUCGACCAUGUCUGUGGGUGGCGGCGCGGGCGCUACCUCUGCUGCGUCUGCUGGCCGUGGAGUUCGUCGAACCAACCGCGGGCCUAUUCCUUCCGCAACGCCAAGCCAGUCUAAUUUAUUCUUCUCUCCCACUGCUGGUACUGGCGCUUCAGCCAACCGCGCCUCAACGUUUCUGCCGUCUGGCUUCUACGCUGCUGGCACCAGUUUACCGGGGGGAGGAGGCAAUCAGACUAAUUCGAUCAAUCUUUCCAACCUUCGGCCCGAAUCGCGGGGCCACUACGCCAAUGCCUCACGGAACACCAUGGAUAUUUCACCUCCCGAUUCUCCUGGAGUUGCAGCUCGCCGGGACAUGAGCAGCAGCUCACUCAACCUUGCACCCGGUCAGCGUGCCCCGAGUGCCUACUUGGAUGAUUUGUUAACCGACGAUCCCAAUGCAUUGCCGCCACCUCAUAUGCCUCCGUCGACGGGCCCACGUCGUUCCGUCAGUCCAGGCAACCGCUUUUGA